AUGAGAGAAUUUGCCCUUAUGAGCGGGCUAAAUUGUGUAGCCGAUGAAGGUGAAUUUACAUACGAUGAGGAAGAAUCGAAUAGGAUUAUGGAUGAAUAUUUUGGUGGAACUAGGAGUAAAGUAAAAAGAUUGGAGUUCAUUGAUUGCUUUAAGAAUAAGUGUUGGGGAGAUAAUGAUGAGGACGCUGUAAAGUUUGCAAUUUUGUUUUUUAUAAAUACAUACAUCUUUUGCGGUGAGCCUAGGAAAACGAGUAUACCAAGGGUUCAUUUUGAAGUGGUUGAGGAUGGAAGGUAUGUAGAUUAUCCAUGGGGUAAAGAAGCUUUUAACGAGUUGAUUAGAAGCAUCAGCAAGAAGUAUUCUGCCACAACACAGUAUUAUAGGAUCCAUGGGAUGCCACUGGCUAUGCAAGUUUGGCUUUAUGAGUGUUGUUCAAGAGUUCCAUCGUAUCUCGCUAUUAAAUCCGGAAAUUCCAUUCCAAGAAUGUUGAAUUGGAGGUCCAUCGACAGUCAGCCAAAAUAUAAUAUUUUGAUGGAAGGCAUUUUUAGAGACGGCAAACAGUCGAGUUGUACAUUUGCAAAUACAAUACCCACUAGCAGUGAGUUGGAGAGCCUCCAAUUGCCCGAUGUUGUUGUCUGUCGCGUUACAGUAGACAAAAAUGUCUUAGUUGAUGCCAAUGAAGGUACCCAAGUCACAGAUAUGUCAGUGGAUAACUUUGAUGAUUUCAGUACUACUCCCCCCCACCUUUCUAAGGGCAAACAGCAACAACGGACGAAUCAGACAGAUUCUCCACCUUCAAAGAGACGCAGACAACUUCCUACAACAGCUUCCACAUCUAAGAAACAACAAAUCCACACCGAACCACAGACAACUGUGAAGAAGAGUCACAAGGAUCAAAAGGUUGCUCAAAAGCCUAUUUUACAGAAGUCUGCUUCACCAAAGUUGAAUGAACAAAUGAAUAGACCCCAAAACACCACAGUCCUACGUGAUGUCCCUACUAUAUCCAUGAAAGAGGAAAUAAAAUUGCUAAGGAAAGAUUUUCAAGUCGUUGGUGAGUUCACAAGUGAGUUGUCAAAGCUUCGAACUUUCAUGGAUGACAACUUCAAGAAGUUAUUUGAAGCAAUCAAGGUGAACAAUUCUGCGGACAAGGCUGCCGAUAGUGAGGCGCCGGAGCAUCAAACUGAUGCUGGGCUACAGUUAACGCCUGAAGAAAACUUACGUCAUGAUUCUACCAUUCAAACAUCUCCUCCCAAACAUGAUGAUGAGUCAAUUAAGGGUGUUGGACCAAAGUUACAUGAGGAAGUUCCGGAAAUUGUAGUGACCGCCGGAAAUUUAAGAGCAGAUACACGUAAAGCUUCAUCUGAAGAGAUUAAUCGGACGGACGAAGGAUCUUUCAACUCAACAGAAGGAAUGGUCGCAGAGAUGCUCAUUGAGUUACCUCUAGAAACUCGUGUACCAGAAGCAGGUGCGGGAAUACAACCCGGGGACAUCACUGAUCAUUCAAUUUUAGAGACUCCACACAGGUUCGAUGAGAACAUUACUAAGUCACAAUGGUUGAUCCCUGACGAAAUGUUACCAAGCCAAAUAGGUUCGUCAGGAUUAUCUGUGUUUCAUCAAACGGGUCACAAAGGAUUUGUUAUGCCAGUAAUGUCUACUGAUAAAGGAAUACAACAGCCAGUGAUUAAUGCAGAAGUUGUAAUUGCUCAACCAGAUGUUAUUCCAACAAGGAUAGUCAAACCUAGUAAAUACUUCAGUUCACCUUACAUGACCAAUUACGGCUCUGCAGAAGCUUCUGUUCAAAACCCCACACCUUCCAUAUUUGAAAAGAAGCAUCCAUUUGUUGAAGAUCCAAUUAAUGGCCCGCGAAAUACUUCUCUUAUUCAACAAUACCGGAAUUGGCUUGAAUAG